AUUCAGUAGUGCGAAGAUUAUUCAGUGUCCUCUGUUGAGUUUUUUUGUCGACAGACCAAUCAAUCUGGCAGACUAUUUUCGCCGGUGAAAUUUUGACAUGCGUACGCCACAAAUGGCUCUCAGGAGUUUGACUACUAUAUAGCCAUCCUGUAUUCAUUCUAUCGUUCUCGAGCUUUCGUGAACCAAACAAUUAUCUUCUUUACUUCUUCUGCCCUCGAAGAGUUGUGUCCCUCUAGCUAAUAUCUUCCGUCUUGGCUCUAUCUUCUUUCUUUUCCACGUCUGACUGUUCUCUGCGACACUUCCCAAAAAAAUUGAUGUCCGAGGUUCUUGAAAUCUAACUCUUCUUCCUCCCCCCAUCCCCUCCUCUUUUCUUUUCCUUGUGUUUCUAUGUUCUUCAUCAUUUGAGCUUUCUCGUUUUGUUUUGUUUUGAACUGCUAUGCUUUAGUUUUGAUGCAUCCCACCUAGUAUUUGGUCUGAUUUAUGUAGAUUAAUGUUUAGUUGCUAUAAGAUUCUUCUUGAGACAUAAAAGAUCAGACCGUGAGGCUUCUUAAUUGGUUUGUCUCUUGUAAAUGGUUAUGGAUCAAAGCUUUGCUGGAUUCCCUGAUUUCGUAAAUGGUGUGAUGGUGGAUGAGUAUGGGCAUACCAUCUCACCGAACUCCUAUCAAUACCCAGAUCUUCUUAACGAGUACACAUUCACUACACCCUCCCCGGACCUUCACUUCCUCGAUAGUCCAUUUCCUCAACCUGAUCUGGGCACCACUGCUUUGUUUCGGCCGAUUCACAUGGGACCUGGGGGAGAGCCUGAUGUUCCGUCAGCUGUUGCUGCUGCUAGUAGCUUGAGCCCGCCGUCUAUGGGUACGAGUCUUGGGGGAGUCUCGUCCUCGGACGAAAGCGAGUACUCGGAAACGGUUCUCAAGUUCAUGAGCCACAUACUUAUGGAAGAGAACAUAGAGGACAAGCCCUGCAUGUUUUUCGACCCUUUGGGUCUCCAAGUUACCGAGAAAUCGUUCUAUGAUGCUCUCGGUAAGAAAUACCCUCCAUCUCCUAGUAAAUACCUUCCACCAACUUGUAUCAAAGGCAACGUCGAGAGUCCUGAUCACGAUGCUUUUUAUAGCAGCAGUAGUGGUGAUACCAAUGGUUCUACAAGCACUAGCACCGAUCCUCAAUUGCUCGGUGAUAUUGAGGAGUACAAUUCCUCUAUUUCACAGCCCAAUUUGCAAUCCAAUAGUGGAUCAAUAUGUUUGGAAAAUCCAUCGAAUGGUGUGACUAAUAAGAGUGGUGAUGGGAUGGAGCUUUUGGGUUCAAACCUUUUAACUGAUGAGCAAUAUCAGUUGCAAUUUCGGAGAGGUUUAGAGGAAGGUAGUAAGUUCCUUCCUGGGGGUAAUCCAUUGGUUCUUGAUUUCAAAAGCAGCAUGGUGUCACCAGUGUGGAAGGGACAGAGCCACAAGGUGGAGAAAGGUGAGGGGGAGAGUUCACCGGAUGUGUCAAGAGGUAAGAAGAAUCGUGGGAGGGUAGAUACGGAAUUAGGAGAAGAAGAAGGGAGGAGUAAUAAGCAGUCUGCGAUUUAUGUGGAGGACACUCCGGAGAGUGAAUUAUUAGAUAUGUUCGAGCAAACACUUUCUGCUAUAUGCAAUAAAAAUGAACCCCAGGAAAAUAUAGCUAGGAAGGCCUUGCAGCCAACACAUGGAGCAGCUAAUGGUGGGAAGAGUAGUCGCGCUAAGAAACAGAGCAAGAAGACGGAGACGGUUGAUCUGAACACUCUUUUGAUUCUAUGCGCACAAGCUGUCUCAGCGGGUGACAAUGAAACAGCAAAUCAGUUACUCAAACAGGUUAGGCAGAACUCUUCCCCUUUUGGUGAUGGGUCUCAGAGAUUGGCCCAUUUCUUUGCUAAUGGCCUUGAGGCCCGCUUGGCUGGCACUGGUUCCGGCAUUCAACUCUUCUAUUCUUCCCUAGUUUCCAGGAAGAUCUCAGCUCCUGAAAUAUUGAGCGCUUACAAACUUCAUCUUUCAGUCUGUCCUUUCAAGAGGAUCUCGCUGAUCUUUACUAACUUGAUGAUUUUCAAAGUGGCAGAGAAAGCAACAACUCUUCAUGUGAUAGACUUCGGUAUUGGGUAUGGUUUACAAAUUGCACUUCUGAUCCAGAAACUCUCACAAAGACCCGGUGGACCUCCCAAGCUACGAAUUACAGGGAUAGAGCUUCCCCAGCCCGGAUUGCGCCCAGCAGAGAGAGUCGAGGAGACCGGUCGUCGGUUGGCAAAGUACUGCAAGCAGUACAAUGUUCCUUUCGAGUACCAUGGCAUAGCAUCACAAAACUGGGAAACUAUCCGAAUCGAGGACCUCAAGAUUGACAGGAAUGAGAUGGUUGCUGUGAACUGUUUGAACCGGUUUAAGAAUCUUCUUGACGAAACAGUGGAAGUAGAGACCAGUCCAAGGAAUGCAGUAUUGAACUUGAUCAGGAGGAUAAAUCCAGACAUUUUUGUCCAUUCUAUUGUCAAUGGAGCCUACAAUUCUCCCUUCUUUGUCACACGGUUUCGAGAGGCACUCUUCCACUUCUCUGCAUUGUACGACAUAUUUGAUGUUACACUGCCCCGUGGAACCCAAUUGGAGAGGUUGAUGUUCGAGAGAGAGUUCUAUGGGAGGGAGGCCAUGAACGUCAUAGCAUGUGAGGAGCUACAGAGGGUUGAGAGGCCGGAGACGUACAAGCAGUGGCAAGUCCGUACCACGAGGGCCGGUUUCAGGCUACUUCCGUUGGAUCAAGAGCUCGUGAAUGGAUUCAGAUCGAGGAUGAAGGAAUGGUACCACAAGGAUUUUGUACUUGAUGAAGACAACCACUGGUUGCUUCAGGGAUGGAAGGGCCGGAUUGUCUCUGCCUGUUCUUGUUGGGUGCCGGCUUAGGAAUCUUGCACCGGAAUAUCUGAAAACUAUAGGGAAGAUCCAUCUUUUAUAUGAAUUAGUUUCCAACAUAUUAUGUAAUAUCAGAAGUAGAUUUUUCGAUAAUCCAAGUAAAAUAGUUUUUAUUAA